CGAGGUGCUCCUCGUCGUAUAUGAGGAGCCAGAGUUCCCAUCCCAGAGACGAUCCCACGCAGACCAGGCAGACUCCUUCUCCAGCACUCAGAACACCCUGGAAGUUUGAAAACCCUCGAGAUAAAAAAUCGCCAUCAUGAGUGACAAGUCCCAAUUUCAACAAGGCCACAAGGUGCCCGUCACGCACCAGGACUUCCCCGGCAAGGAGUCAAAACUGCCCAUUGAGGCGCAGUACGACCAGCUCCCCACCGAGGACGGAGGCUACCAGAAGUACAAGGCUUGCGGCAAGCUCAAGGGCAAGCGCGCCGUCAUUACCGGUGGUGACUCUGGCAUUGGCCGGGCCACGGCCAUCCUCUUUGCCAUGGAAGGCGCCGACGUCUUCAUCGUCUACUUGCCAGAGGAGGAGGAUGAUGCCCAGGAGACCAAGAAGCGCGUCGAGGCUAACGGUCACAAGUGUUAUCUGCUUUCCACCGACCUGACUAAGCAGGAGAACUGCAAGAAGGUCAUUGAUGAGGCGUUGAGCAAGCUCGGCGGCAUUGACAUUCUCUUCAACAAUGCGGCUUACCAGAUGAUGGUCGAGGACAUCAAGGACCUCUCCGAAGAUCAGUGGAUUCACACCUUCAACACCAACAUCCACCCCUUUUUCUACCUCUCCAAGUACUCGCUGCCGCACAUGAAGAAGGGCUCUACCAUCAUCAACAACGCCAGCAUCAACGCCUACAUCGGACGCCCGGACCUGCUCGACUACACAUCGACCAAGGGAGCCAUUGUCUCCUUCACACGCGGUCUCAGCAACCAGUACGUGUCCAAGGGCAUCCGCGUCAACGCCGUCGCCCCGGGCCCUGUCUGGACGCCCCUGAUCCCGGCAACCAUGAGCGAGGACGCGCAGAAGCAGUUCACCGCGCCAAUGGGCCGGCCCGCGCAGCCCAGCGAGAUUGCGACCUGUGUCGUGUUCCUCGCGUCGAUGGAAAGCUCGGCGAUCAGCGGGCAGACCAUCCACUGCAACGGUGGCACCAUUGUCAAUGGUUAGAGCGUGUGUGUAUGUUCCGUGGGAGAACCAAGUCGGCUAUACUUAAUGUCUAUGAAUGGAAACAAAGCAGAAAAGGCGAAUGUCUUCUCAUUUUCUUUCAAUAAUGGCCCG